AUGAACAAGGCUCUGGAGGAUACAAUCCAUGUGUCCCUGGAAGAAGACGAUCGAGAAGUUGAAGAAGACGAACAAGAAGAUGAAAAAGGUCAAGCCGACGAAGUCAGCUGUCAAGCGAGCGUGGUUCGAGUACUUCCACCUGAACUCCAGGCGAUGUCACACGUUGUGAAGCAGAUUCAAGAGUUUUCGAUGACGAUGGAGGAGGGGAUCAUGGCAGCCGUGAAGACGGGGGAUGUGCAGUGGCUGGUAAAGCUCGAGGAAGACGACAGCUACAUGCUCAACGUUUACGGUGCUGCUGUGGUUGGUGCCGAAAAUGGCGACGUAGACCUAGUACGUUGUCUGCUAGAGUUGGUUGAUGACCGUGAAGACCGAAACGAUUUAGAAUGGGACAUUCUCGGGGUGGCUGCAGAACACGGUCACAGCAGUGUCUUCGAGUUGGUAUAUUCAGUUGAAACCAUUGACCCGUAUAUCCUGGGAUACUUCGCAAAGGAUAGGGAAGCGCUCGACAAUGCCAUCCGUGUUGACAACAAACCACUCAUGGAAAGGUUGUAUCGCGCGUAUCCAGGAUUUGUACAAGGCGAUUGGUACGAGCGUAACGCGCCAACGAGCAUGCUUGGUGAGGCUGCGCAAGAGGGUCAUUUGAAUGCGGUGAAGUAUCUAAUCGAGCGCGGACAUGACUCUCUGGAAGAAGAGAAUCGGGCGUUUAUUCGAGCAGCGCGGGGUAAUUGCGUCGAAACGAUGGUAUUCUUUCGAGAUCGUGGGCGGAUUUCUGUCGAGACGUCGAAUAAAGCAUUUGAACUCGCCGCUUACUUUGGUUCAACUGAGGCGGUGAAGUUCUUACACGAGAAGGAGUCGAUUUCGCCCGAGUCCAUCGCAGCGGGAUUCGAGCUUGCAGCGUCGAACGUCUCAUACUGCUAUAGAGGGCAGCGGGUGAAGAAGUAA